UACCGCGGUCGUGUUCCGUACAGUGGCGCGAGGUGGUGGAAAGAGAGGCACGACGAGGUGGUACGUUAGCAAGCGUUGAGAGAAGCAGCGUUUGGCCGCGCGGAGUCUAUCGUGAGCCCUCGAGGAGCGAACCGAGCGAGCGAUUCCAGUCUUCGUAGUCGUCUUCGUUUAUGCGCGCGCGGGUGGACGCACGCGUGUGUGAAUCCUGAGUGGAAUACAAGGCGAGAAAAAGGUGUCCUCCGAGGGUUGCGCAACCGGCGCUUCGUGUUUUUCAGGAUGGGUUAGAAGCGUGUUUUUCGCGAGUGUGAUUUCGUCGGCUAUCAGUGACGUGAUACGAUCGUGACUGGUUCCUCAUCGUGUACAGUGAAAUUCCACGACGACCUGUUCGUCCUUCGUCCUCGUCGUAAGAAGAAGAAGAAGAAGAAGAGAGAGAGAGAGAGAGAGAGAGAGAGAGAGAGAGAAAGAGAGAAAGAAAAACGCAGCGGGCUGAGCGAGCGACCGUAUCGUAACCGUCGUUGUCCGAAGUUGUCGGAAUCCGGAGUCGUCUGCUCGCGUUCAGGGCGAAUGAACUGCGCACGGCGAUGAUAGUUCUCCGCAGAGCAGUGAUGCGCAAGUAAUGAGGGAGCUGCGUGAUCGACCGAGCACGACCGGCCGGUGAUAGAGAGAAAGAGAGAGGAGAAAGAAGGAAAAAGAAAGAGAAAUUAUAUAUAUCUAACCUCGACCUCCAAGUGUCGACUGUUCUGUAGUAGCGUGCUGUGCAACAACGACGUCGUGGUCACGCCACACUAGUAGUAUAGACGGGUAUUCGACGGGUGCGAGACGUGUCGUAGUAACGUGAAUUUUCACGAUGAACGGAGUCAAUAGGUCUGUAGCUGAACCAGACAUACAUUUUUGGAACUUAAAGUGAGAUAGAUAUAUGUUUGAUAUUUGGCGAAAGGAAAAAGAGUUUUAAUGCGGUUUAGUGCAAGAAUAAAAAACAUAUCUUAGUAUUACUUUGUGAGGCUGCGACCUCUGGAAACGGAGUACCUUGUAAUGUACCAAAUAGUAAAACCUUAUAACCGAUGUGCAAUAAUUUCUUCUCCGAUUAACUAAUCCGUUCUGAGGAAGUUUAACUUCGUGAUAGGAAGAUCCUGGAUUAAUUGGAGAACCACCGGAGACUUCGUGAAAGUCCUACCAAGCUGUGUCUCGCAAGCUCAACAAGUGAACCGUCGUCUCAUAGUCGAUUCCGCUGAAACCGCUUCUACUGGAUUAUCCAGGAAACGGAAUCUUACUACAUGUCUUUGCGAUCGAGAGCAAGGAUUUAAGUACCGGUACUAUACGCGUCCUUUCACGUUUCGGAGUCCCAAUCGAUUUCGGAGUACCGGGUGCGUUAAACGCGCAACAAGUUGAAGGGAGAGCACGUGGCGAGCGCAGCGCGCUCGAAUCAAUUAAAAUGUCUGUCCUUACGUAAGACCAGCUGACGCACACGACAGCGAUAACAUUUGGUCGUCUUCGCUGAUAAGAGAUUUGAGAUUUCGCGAGCGAGCAGACAACAAAUCGCGAGAGCGAUCAGUCGACGGAUCGCGGCUCAAAGCGACGCGAGCGUAUUUCGCUACGAAGAGUUAAAAGCUUGAUGUUUUUAAUGUUAAUCUCGUUUUGAAUAUAUAUAUAUAAUCGGUUCUGAAAACCGCUACGUCGAACUCGCAGGUUCGAGAGAAAGUUUUGACAUUUGAAAGAAUUUUUCCGACUGAAGAUUUUUUGAGGUUUAUAGCAUCGCAGCGUUACUCGAUGCGAGAAAAUUGUUAAAUAGUUCUCGUCGAAGGCAAGAAGCAGAGGAAUUCGGGAAUUCCUCUCCCUCCUCCGGAAGAGAGGGUUUUAAUUAUUAGUGCGGCAGGGCGGCAAGCAACUUUGAAUGACCUUCGUAUUCUGCGGCUUCGUCUUCGACUCGUCUGACGAGAAGACGAGACAAAUGCCGGUCGCUUCGGAGGACUGGGUGCCCCACCCGGGCGCCAAGAUAACCAGUUCCAUCACCACCGUCAAGGGUGCCACCAUACAGAGCACGACGACGGCCUGGAUGUCGCCCUACAGCAGGACGGCACCGCCGGAUCGCGGAGGGUCUAAUAACAACAAUAAUAAUAACAACAAUGGCGUGGUUAUUUUAGAUGGCUGCAGACCACCAGCGGCCACGACGGCCAGAAGAUUCUUCAGGUGGUUCAGUAGAUUAGGACAACCACCGAUGGGCAAGACAGGUCAGUAUGCUCUGAUGCCGGAAAGAAUCGUCCAUGAAAUGGGAGUGCUGGAGAUGGCGGCCACCGAGAGCACGAUCCGAUUUAGCGGCCACACGUUGGACAAGGCGACCAAGGCCAAGGUAACGCUGGAGAACUACUACAGCAAUCUGAUAGCGCAGCACAUCGAGCGGAAGCAGAGGCUGGCGAAGCUCGAGGAGUCCCUCAAGGAUGAGGGCCUCUCGGAACAGCAGAAGCAGGAGAAGAGGCAGCAGCAUGCUCAGAAGGAGACCGAAUUCCUCCGAUUGAAGCGGUCCAGGCUUGGCGUCGAGGACUUCGAACCUCUCAAGGUCAUCGGCAGGGGAGCAUUUGGCGAGGUAAGACUCGUACAGAAGAAAGAUACUGGACACGUGUACGCGAUGAAGAUCCUCCGGAAGGCAGACAUGCUCGAGAAGGAGCAAGUUGCGCACGUCAGAGCGGAGAGGGACGUCCUCGUGGAAGCGGACCAUCAAUGGGUUGUGAAGAUGUACUACAGUUUCCAAGAUCCUAUAAAUCUCUAUCUAAUAAUGGAGUUUCUUCCCGGUGGUGACAUGAUGACGUUACUCAUGAAGAAGGACACGCUUUCCGAGGAGUGCACGCAAUUUUAUAUUUCCGAAACGGCGUUAGCGAUCGACUCCAUACACAAAUUAGGUUUUAUUCAUAGAGACAUCAAACCAGACAACCUGUUGCUGGAUGCACGGGGCCAUAUAAAACUUUCUGAUUUUGGACUGUGCACGGGUUUGAAGAAAUCACAUAGGACUGAUUUUUACCGAGACCUGAGUCAAGCGAAACCUUCCGAUUUCAUGACAUCAUGCGGGAGUGGAAGCGGCGGCGCGAUGGACAGCAAAAGGAGAGCUGAGAGCUGGAAAAGAAACAGGAGAGCGCUGGCUUACAGCACGGUAGGCACUCCAGACUAUAUCGCGCCGGAAGUAUUUCUGCAAACAGGUUACGGACCGGCUUGCGACUGUUGGUCUCUGGGAGUUAUUAUGUAUGAGAUGCUUAUAGGAUAUCCACCAUUCUGCAGUGAAAAUCCACAGGAGACGUAUAGAAAAGUAAUGAACUGGCGAGAAACGUUAGUGUUUCCACCGGAAGUUCCCAUUAGUGAAGAGGCUAAAGAUACUAUUAUCAGAUUUUGCUGCGAAGCCGAUAGAAGAUUAGGAGCGCAAAGAGGCAUCGAGGAGCUCAAAUUAGCGCCUUUCUUCCGCGGUGUCGAUUGGGAGCACAUCAGGGAAAGACCAGCUGCUAUACCGGUCGAAGUGCGAUCCAUCGACGACACGUCGAACUUUGACGAGUUUCCAGACGUGAAAUUAGAGAUACCGUCCGCACCAAUGCCACAGGAUGGCGAGGUAAUAUACAAGGACUGGGUAUUCAUUAAUUACACCUUCAAGCGCUUCGAGGGUCUGACACAACGGGGCACACCGACCAAGAAAUAGCAACCCCUCACUUCCUGCUCGAUCAACAGCGCCGUCGCCAAUCAGCAGCCAGCUGACGUAAUCGAAAUUCCGGCCUUGGUACAUCAUCCUCAUCCGCCGCCGUCGACGGCAAUGGUGUCGCGUACGGCGGAUGGUUGACCUGUCUCGCUCUUGGGCGCGGUUUAAGUAUCGAAUCAUUCUUAUUUGUAUAUACGUGAUGAGCACGGAUUGUCAUGAAUACGUGCAGCGUCGAUCACGGACAUCGACAGUCGCGAGCGGUGACAAGCUCGAUCAGCCAAGCAGACAGGCAGGCAGAUAUAGAAGAGUAUAGCGAUAAAAGUGCACAAUACACGAAUAUUGCACGUCUCGACGCGUGCAUCGAUAAUACGCGUUAAGGCGAUGCGAACGAAGUCUUUCGUUAUGUGACUCACGGUGAUUCUCAUAAGUUUCUCCGUCGAGAAGCAUUAUUCUUUACUCUUGUCGUGCCGCGGAUGAGGCGUUUUGUGCGAAGCGUAGCAUAAUAAGCUCUCUGUGGUAAUGGUAUUAAACGGAAAUGAUCGGAGAGAGCCUCGGUUCCAUAAUCCUUAUGUACUUCUUAUUUAUCUAUACGACGCGUGUGUCAACGAAAUUUUAUCAUGCGAAAUACAUUUGUAGAAAGCUCGGUUAAGCUCUCGAAUCAAGCUCUCUUUUUCUCUCUGUUCAAACGUUAUAUUUAUAAUUAACUCUCUGUGAUAUAUAUGAAGUUGUUGAAAAUAUCUGCUAUUCUCGGACCUUUUUGUCUGUUAGCGGAUGCUAUGCUUUUAUUGAUGUUGUAUAUAUGUGAUUAAUCGUAUUUCAAUAUGUCUUGAAAAUUUAAAAGUUGUUGUAAUGAAAUUUUAUAAUAUUAUGUAUUUUGCGCUACUUUUGAGAGCUUAGAUCCGUUCACGAAACUAGAAGAAUUACUAAUAGAAUCAAUGACACGCGUGCGAAGCUUUUCAUAUAUGUAUAAAAAAUCCUACUAUAUAUUUUACACGUUUUAUCAUUACGUGAUUUCACAGCAUUAUGUAAUGGUAAAUUUUCGGUACCGGGUCUCUCUCUUUCUCUAUCUCUCUUUCUCUUGUAAGGCAAUAAUAAACAUUUAGCCGUGUCUGAAUACACGAUAAAGGAUGCUAGACUUCAAAAGAUACCGUAAAAAGGCGUAAGAAGGGAGAAAGAAAGAUUACACUUGUAAGAUUCAGGGCUCCUUCGUUGCCUUAUUAAGGUUCCUAACAGACAGCCCAACAAAUCCGUACGUUUAAACGAAAGAUAUGAGCUAGACAUGCCACUUCUUCGAUGGAAAACGAUAAAAAAAUGGCAGUGUGUUGCGACAGUGUAUAGAAAAUCGUACACACGCCCGUGUAUUUUAACACUCGAUGGAACCGAAUACCUUUUCUUUCGAUCGCACUGUAAACAAUUUUACGAUUUACAUUUCGUAGUUUUGCUGACAGCCAGGGCACCUAAUAAAAUAGCGUAAUAACGAUAGAGACUAGAUAACAUUUAAGAUAACAAACAUACAUACACACAGAAGUACCUAUACGUUAAACAAAGGAUUGCACGCGUACGCGUUCAAAACGUAAUUGCGUUUGGAUAAUAUAGUACAUGUAGAAAAAAAAAUUCUCAACGCUCCUUCCACGUAACGUUCCGGCGUGUCUCCACUUAAUAAUCACGCAACCACGCUGUACUGUACAUUCGACGAAGAGAUUAGUUUCGUACGACUACUCCGCCUGCGUAUGUAUCUUAAUACCGUUUACUGAAUGAAGUCUCCAGGUAGUUUAAAUAAAGCAGAGAGCGCCUAGAUUACGGUGUAAUCUAGACUACGGUGUACUACCAAUUAAGCAAGUAAUUUAAACAAAGAGAAAAAAAGAAGAAAAUCACCCGCGAAUAAAGCUAGUAGAAAAAAAAGAAAAAUGAAAACUAUUUUCUGCACUAUGCUAGGAGUUAAAUCGACGAGUGUAACGUAAGCGGGAAAAUUAGGGAGCUAUGGAAUACUUUUAGUCUCUCCUCUUGUCGCCAUUGAGUACAGAUGCUCUGACGUCCAUGCUACUAAGCAAAGAAAAGAAAAAAAA